GUUGAGUUCCGGUAUGUUCACGGAAAAACCCUGACCGACAAGUGCAGCUACUUCCGCCUUUAGCCUCAUCUCGUCACACAGAGACAUGACGGCUACCUUGCGCCCGUAUCUCAAUGCAGUCCGUGCUACCUUGCAGGCCGCCCUCUGCCUGGAGAAUUUCUCCUCGCAAGUGGUGGAGAGACACAACAAGCCAGAGGUGGAAGUGCGAAGUAGUAAAGAGUUGCUCCUCCAGCCCGUGAUCAUCAGCCGUAACGAAAAGGAGAAAGUUCUGAUCGAGGGCUCCAUCAACUCGGUCAGAAUCAGCAUCGCUGUCAAGCAGGCAGAUGAGAUUGAGAAGAUUCUGUGCCAUAAAUUCAUGCGUUUCAUGAUGAUGAGAGCGGAGAACUUCUUCAUCCUGAGGAGGAAACCAGUGGAGGGCUAUGACAUCAGUUUUCUCAUCACCAACUUUCACACAGAGCAGAUGUACAAACACAAGCUGGUGGACUACGUCAUUCAUUUCAUGGAGGAAAUUGACAAAGAGAUCAGUGAGAUGAAGCUGUCCGUCAACGCCAGGGCUCGUAUUGUCGCAGAGGAGUUCCUCAAAAAUUUCUGAGAGAGAGAAGCUGGGAACACGUUUCUUUUGCAUUCUUGGCGGUCACUGUGGAGCUUUCACACCGCAGAGCAGAGAGGAGAUCUGAUCAACUAUGAGAAGUGGAGAAACAUAAGACGCUCAGUAAAGGUGUACUCGCUGGCAAAUGGGGCUUUGCUCUUUAACCGAUUAUAGAAAUAUGGAUUUUUGUACAUAUCAAUAUUCACAACAGACAUUCGUUUCUGCCUUUAGAACAUUAGAAGUCAGGGCAGCUCCUCAAAAAGCUAUUUGUUAUCAAUAUUCAUGAGCACAGGGUAAAAUGCAUUUACAUUUAAAUGUUUUUUUUAAUAUAUAUAUAUAUUAUAUGAACAUAAAUUUAAUUUAGCUGUGUUUUAUUAUGACUGACUUUAAACAACGAGGGCAAUCAUUUGGUGCACGUUUCUUGUAUUAGUACAAAAGUCCACAAAAUAAACCCUUUUGAAGAUGGAAAUAAUUAAAAUAAAUAUACUUGCUGAAAGUGAAGAUAAAUAAAAAGCAUUAUUCUUUG